AUGCUUUUCUUUCGUCGCCGUGACACAACAUUACAUCAAUCACACUUGACCGAUCAAGAGCGAUGUGUUCAUGCGUGUCUCUUCUUUGUUUUUAUUAUACUUAUUCUUACUAUUGUUCUAUUUUAUUUUGCGGCAACUAGUAAAGGUCCUAAUGAUCAACGUCUUUAUUAUUAUAUAGGCGCUGGUAUUAGUCUUGCUUUUCUUCUAUUGAUUAUAUUAUGUACGAUUUGUUAUGUUCAACGAUUGUAUGGUAGUUCAUUAUCUUCUACACAACAACAAGGAAUAAUAUCUGAUAUUGAAUAUGACAGUUCAAGAUAUUCAAACCAACAUUCGUGA